AGAGAGAGAGUAAAUAUGAGAAUGAGAGAAGACAAAAAGCAAAUGAAGAAAAUUUCAAAGAAUCGAGGGUUCAGGGAAAGUGCUGAUAUGAUAAACAGGGUAGGGACAGGGGCUCCUUUCCUGGGGGCAGCAGAGGUGGCCCCUCAGCUGUCUUUGAUUCAUUAAAUAGCAAAUAUUCUCAAAUCUGGCACCAUCGUGACACAGAGCCAAGUAGGGGGUGAGAGGGCAUUUCCAGGCAGAGGAACCUGCAAGUGCAAAGGCCCUGGGGCAGGAAAUGUUUAGCUCAGUAAAUAUUUGUUGAUUAAAUGAACAACAGAUGCUUCGAGAAGAAAUUGAUUGUGGGGAUUGGGCAGUGGGGGACACAAGGAGGGCGAUGGCUGAGCUGAUCCUGGAAAGUGGACAGAGGGUCGUCACCAGUGAGGGAGCCAGAAGAGAACUCAAGGCAGAGGGACCAAAUUUUUUCAUCCUGGUCUGUGCUGGGAGUAGACAGGACCCCUGUAGGGACCCUGGGCUCUGAGGGACAGACACCCGGUGAUACUGGAGAGCAACAAUCCCCGUAAGUAGGGAAUAGGUCAUGGCAGCACCUAGACGCCCAGACUUUGGUCUUUGCCCACCGCCCGCUGCCAAAGCACAAAACACCCUGAUAACGGUCUUCCCGCCCCUCCCCUGCCUGCCCCUGCUCACUGGCCCUUCGUCCUGUCCAUCAAGCCUGUCCACCACUCAGCACCAGGGGCCGGGCUGGGUUCUCCUGGGCACUAUUUCAGCAUCUUUAGGGGUGGUGACCAGGGCAGAGAGAGGAGUGACAGUCACCACCCAGGGGACCUCAGCUCCGAGGAGGAACCCAGGACGUCUUCAAGCAUAGCCUGCCGGGCCCACGGAUGGGGAUUUAGCAGCUGGCAAAAUGGCGUCGCCCACCUGUGCCGUGGGUCCCAUCGACAGCCUGGAGCUCCUGGACCUCCUUUUUGACCGGCAGGACGGCAUCCUGCGACACGUGGAGCUGGCUGAGGGCUGGGCCCCUGCUGCCGAGGACCAGGCGCUGCCCGGGUCAGACUCCGAUGACUUCCUGAGCUCCAUCCUGGGCCCUGGUGACUCAGCCCCCAGCUCCCCGACCUGGUCCCCUGCGGGCAGUGACAGCGGCCUCUCCGAGGACCUGCCCUCUGACCCCCAGGACAGCCCUCCACGCAGUGGAGGGCCAGGCACCACCCUAGCUAGCUGCCCUUCCUACCUUCCCAAUCCUCCAGGUCCUGCCAGGUCCCCCAGGACACAGGUGCCGGAGUCCUCCGUGGCCAUAGACCUGGACAUGUGGAGCGCGGGAGCCCUCUACCCAGGGCAGCAGGCCAGCUCGCCCUCCUGCUUCGACCUGACGGUCAAGGAGCUCCUGCUGGCUGGUGGCAGCGGGGACCCGCAGCAGCAGCACCUGCCUGCUGCCCACCUCCUGCGACCUGGGAACGGCCACUGUCAGGAGCUGGUGCUGACUGAAGAUGAGAAGAAGCUGCUGGCCAAGGAGGGGGUCACCCUGCCUACCCAGCUGCCCCUCACCAAGCAUGAGGAGCGCGUGCUGAAAAAGAUCCGCAGGAAAAUCCGCAACAAACAGUCAGCCCAAGAAAGCAGGAAAAAGAAGAAGGAGUAUAUUGAUGGCCUGGAGACUCGGAUGUCAGCCUGCACCGCCCAGAACCAGGAGCUGCAGAGGAAGGUCUCGCAUUUGGAGAAGCAGAAUCUGUCCCUCUUGGAGCAGCUGAAGAAACUCCAAGCUCUCGUGGUUCAGUCCACUAGCAAGUCUGCCCAGACGGGGACCUGCAUAGCCGUCCUGGUGUUGUCCUUCGCCCUAAUCAUCCUCCCCUCCAUCAGCCCCUUUGCCUUCGGCAAAAGCGAGAGCUCUGGGGACUUUGCGCCCACGCGAGUCUUCUCCAGGACGCUGCACAACGAGGGGGCUUCGCGUGUGGCCCCGGGGGAAAUCGCACCAGGCACCGAGGCCCCUGGCUCCCCGCAGAACCCUGCCGCACCCCACAGAGAGGCCCCCGGCGGCCUGGGGGGAGACUGGGGGGCCUUCCUGGACAGGCUGGAUGUGGUCAAUGCCACGGAGGAGCCAGACAACUCCAGCCUGGUCUUGGGCAAUGUGACAGGCGAUCUGGGCCGGGCCGCCGUGCUGGGCUGGGCGGUACCAGAGCCAGGGCCGAGCCCGGCAGGGGAGGAGCUCUGAGCACCCCAGGACCAGUACAGCAGCAGACCCAGGGGGCUGGAGGCCAGAGUCCCACUGGGACCCCAGCUGAACCCGGGGACUGACGGAGGCCCCCCAAGUGGACACUCAAAGGAGAGUCUGAGAAGCACCCCAGCCCCCCGUGAACCUUUCUGGACACAGCCACAGGCACCCACCUUUUCUAAGACUGCACAAGCUUGAAUAAAGUAUUUUGACAGAACCCAGUUGGCCUGGGUGGGAU